CUUGCUCCACUUUAAAUACCUUUGCACACAGUUCUGGCCACCGUGGUAAGGUCAGAAGCUUUACCUGCAGUCUCUCUGUGUGAGCAUUGUCUCCUCUUCACCAUGGAUGCACAGCACUGCAAGAUGAAUGGAGACUCCUUCCAGGAGUCCAUGUACAUUGAAGAGUCCUCAAACAAAAAUGGUGUGAUUUCUUUGAUUUUCUCUUUGAAAGAAGAAGUUGGGGCACUGGCUAAAGUUCUGCGCACAUUUGAGGAAAAAGGCAUAAAUCUGACUCACAUUGAAUCUCGACCUUCUCGUCUCAAUAAAGAUGAAUAUGAAUUCUUCAUUAACUUGGAAGGCAAUAAUGUCCCAGCAUUGGACAAGAUCAUCAAGUCCUUAAGAAAUGAUAUUGGAGUAACAGUGCAUGAGCUCUCACGGACAAAAAAGAAGGACACUGUGCCGUGGUUCCCAAGAAGUAUUCAGGAGCUGGACAGAUUUGCCAAUCAGAUCCUAAGUUAUGGAGCGGAGCUGGAUGCUGACCAUCCUGGAUUCAAAGAUCCUGUGUACCGGGCCCGGAGGAAGGAGUUUGCAGACAUUGCCUACAACUACAGACAUGGUCAACCUAUUCCUCGAGUUACCUAUACGGAAGAAGAAAAGAAAACUUGGGGCACUGUCUUCAGAGAGCUGAAGAAUCUCUAUCCAACUCAUGCUUGUUAUGAACACAACCAUGUCUUCCCACUGCUGGAGAAGUACUGUGGCUACCGGGAGGAUAACAUUCCCCAGCUUGAAGAUGUUUCAAAGUUCUUGCAGACCUGCACUGGAUUUCGCCUGCGUCCUGUUGCAGGCUUGCUCUCCUCUCGGGAUUUCUUGGCUGGACUGGCAUUCCGAGUAUUUCACUCUACACAGUAUAUUCGCCAUGCAUCCAAACCUAUGUACACACCAGAGCCUGAUAUUUGCCAUGAGCUACUAGGACAUGUACCUCUUUUUGCUGAUCCCAGUUUUGCUCAGUUUUCCCAGGAAAUUGGACUGGCAUCUCUGGGAGCUCCAGAUGAUUUCAUCGAGAAACUUGCUACGGUUUAUUGGUUUACUGUUGAGUUUGGACUAUGUAAGGAAGGAGAUUCACUAAAGGCAUAUGGUGCUGGGCUGCUGUCUUCAUUUGGGGAGCUGCAGUACUGUUUAUCAAGUAAGCCUGAGAUUCGGCCUCUCGUCCUGGAGAACACUUCUGUGCAGAAUUACUCUGUUACUGAGUUCCAGCCUAUCUACUUUGUUGCUGAAAGUUUUAAUGAUGCAAAGGAAAAGCUAAGGAAAUUUGCCCAAACAAUCCCUCGUCCUUUCUCUGUUCGGUACAAUCCCUACACCCAGAGGAUCGAAGUCUUGGACAAUGCAAAGCAGCUGAAGAACUUAGCUGACACUAUCAACAGUGAGAUGGGGAUCCUCUGCAAUGCCCUCCAGAAGAUCAAAUGAAGAUUUUCUGUAGCUCUUGCAAAUCACUGGCUACAUAGAAGAAGAAGUCAUGUGCAAAAAUGCCAGUCUUCACCUAGCUUCAGUUUAUUAUCUUCCUGUGUACUGCAUGCCUAUGUCAUAUAUCUUAAUUAUCAGUAGAUUAGCAGAGAAAGAAACUUGCCUCUUUUGGCCUUCAGAUACUAAUCCAUUUUUUUCUCAUUAAAGCAUAAAAAUAAUCUUAGUUCUGGGAAUCUAGGGAAACUCUCCACAUAUAUUGUAACAAAAUUAUCAGAAGGGGGAAAUCUCAACCAUCCAGUGCUACGGCCUGUUACAACCAUGGGGCUGCAUUACCACACUUGGCCCAGUAAAAGAAUAGUAAUGACCAACACAGAGUAAUCCAUCUUUUUUUUUUCUUUUUUUCCUCUCACAGUCAUUCUCCCCUCAGUUCCUCACAUUUGUGCAUGUUUCCCAUGAAAUGCUGAACUCUAUAUGCUUCAGUAGUCUGCAUGCUGCCUGGCCAUGUAAACCAUGACUUCCCUUGGUGAAACUGUACCUCUUCUCUUACACAUGAACACCUCCAUCCUGAAAUAAUACUUUUUUUUUUCCUUCAGAAUUUGAUGUUGCCAUUGAUUAAAAGCACAGAUGCUAGUGGAAAAGACAGCAAGUAUGCUGCAGCUUCAUUAACAGAAAUCUAUCACCAUGCAAAAAUAUA